UUUCAGAAAUGGAAGAAUAAACAGGAGAAGUUGGCAUCGUCGUCAACGUGGGCACAGGACGUGAUUACGUGUGACCUUUGUGACAACCCCACCCAGCAAUUCUGUAACAACUGCCAAGUCAGUUUACGCGGGGACUGUAUAAAUAAACAUGUAGACAGUCUGAGGUCUCAAACACAUGAUAUUGUUCCUUUCACGGACAGGGAAGAGCGGCUGGUAUUCCCCUCCUGUCCUUCACAUCCAAGACAAAGAUGUGAGGGGCACUGCCAACAGUGUGAUGUCCCUGUCUGCUUCAAAUGCCUCACAGGUCCCCACCGCGGCCAUGCUGUCAAAGACAUGACAGAUAUUGUGAAACAGAUAAAAGAAGAAAUCAAGAAAGAAAUGGAGGAAACUGAGAGUUAUAUUUCAAGGUUUUCCAUAGGUGAAGCAAAAAUUGAUGAAAAUUUAUCCAAGCUGAAAGAAAAUUUUGAAAAAUUGGAGAGAGAGGGAGAAAAUCUGAGAAAAAUAUGGCAUGAAGAGGUGGACAACAUUUUCAACACUUUAACAUCCACCAUUAGGACAAUGAAAAAUAAAAGACUCGGAGCUCUCAAAUCUCACCAGUCAUUGCUACAGGAUUCCGGACCAAAAUUAGCACAUAUAAUGACAGAAAACAAGAAAAUCUUGAAGUCUAACAAAGUUAUUGAUGUUACAAGUUACAAAUCAAAACUGAAGGAAUUUACAAACAUUCCUACAGAUGUCAAUACAAGGACCCCUGCCUUAAAUAGCAACAUACUUAUGGGGAGCGAACUCAGCAUAGAGUUAGCAGAAUACAAAGCUACAUUAAAACAAACAUCCAUAUCAAGUCUUAAAGAUGAAGUCUCUUUUUUAUCUGUAAGAAAAUUAUUGGAAAAAGCUAAAGUAAUUGCUAACAUUCCAUCUGGAAUAAAACCUUUAUAUUCAGUUUCCUGUGUUGGAACUGAUGAAGCUUGGCUUAGAUGUGAAGGUAGAACCCUUAGACGUAUAGAUAUACAUGGAUCCGUAAAGGACGAGGUUAUCACCGAAUGUGUAGGUUGUCCUGCUGACAUUUCAGUGACCAGACGGGGGAACUGCUUUACAGUGAUUACUUUAGCAGAGCUGUAAAUAUUGUCAGACAGGGAAGGAUAGAAACACUGAUCACUUUAUCUCAAGGAUGGCAUCCAUGGAAACUUUGCUGUGCUACAUCAAGAGACAUAAUAGUUUGUAUGUGUACUCCUGAUGAGAGAUGAGAGUCAUUAUAAAAUUGUUCGCUUUCAGGGACAGGCAGUAACACAAGAAAUUAAUGAAGACGAAAGCGGACAGCAAAUUUUUAGAGGUAUGGAAUUAGGAGUUGUGGAGGAAAAUAACAAUGGUGACAUUUGUUCCUUUGAUUUUCAUGCUAAGACAGUGAUAGUGGUGGACAAGAUGGGAAAGGUCCGAUUUCAGUACGACGGUACGCCAGCCAAGA